AUGGCGAACAACGACGUGUCGGUGGUGUCUGCCGCCAUCAACCACCAUCCCCAUGAGACCAAGCCCGCGCUCCUGGACGAGGUCAUUGCAAAGCACGAUGAAGCAAGCGUCGAUGCGGACGACUUUACCCUCAUGCUCAUGGGGAAGAAACCCGAGAUGAAGAGAGUAUACAACUUUUGGACACUGUGUGCGUACCAGAUCAUGAUGUGUGCCACCUGGUCCUGCACUGUUGUGCUCUACGGUACUAUAUUUGACAUUGGAGGUCCAGUCGGUCUCUUGUAUGGAACCGUAGUGGUUGCCAUCGGACAGACGCUUCUCAUGGCGUCCCUAGCCGAGUAUUGCGGCAUAUGGCCCACGGCAGGCGGCCAGCAAUACUAUGUGCAGGUUCUCGCGAGCCCUCGUUGGCGUCCAUUGCUUUCCUAUCUGGUCGGAUGGGGCCUUAUAGUGGCGGAGAUGUCAGUCAGCGCCUCGUGCGCCCUGAAUAAUGCUGAUAUCAUAUCUUCUUUUGUUUCUAUACUGUACCCUGAUCUCGAGUGGAAGGCUUGGAUGACGUUCGUGGUUUACCUUCCCAUGAUCAUCGUUCCGUUGCUCAUGAACAUAAAUGCCUCGAUGCUACCCGCUUACAGUUCAUUCGGCGCAGUCCUCACCGUCGUGGGUUUUGUGGCAUAUGCCAUUACUUUUCUUGCCAUGGCUCCCAAGUCUGAUGCAUCAUUUGUGUUUACUACUUUCCUCAAUAACACAGGAUACAAAAGCUCAGGGUGGGUGUUCAUCAUGGCUUGUUACAACUCCAUGUAUGGGUUAUAUGGAACCGAUUCGAUGAUGCACGUGGUAGAAGAGAUGAGGGACGCCGCCAAGGAUGCACCGCGCGCCAUGGUUUGGUCCAUGGUAUUUGCCAGCGUUACAGCGAUCGCGUCAGAUCUCAUCUUGCUCUUCUGCUGCGGCGACUAUGAAGCCUACGCGGAAGCACUGUCACCAUAUGUGGCUUGGUUCAUCGAUGUGACAGGUAGCAUAUAUGGUGGUGGGUUGUGGGUAGUGAUUCUUUUCUGUCUCAACAACUUGCUCAUAUGUGUCGGAAUUAUGUCAUCCUGCUCAAGACUAGGCUGGAGAAUGGCCCAAGACCGAGCUUUUCCAUACUCUGAAUGGCUGGCCCAACUGCAUCCUCGGUUUGGCAUUCCCCUCAAUAUGAUGCUACUCGUCUUUGCCGCAGAAAUUGUUGUCGGUCUUAUAUCCCUCGGGAGCGACCUAGCAUUCUACGCCAUUGUUAGCGGAAGUGGUGUCUUCUUCCAACUGGCCUAUGCAACACCAAUUAUAGCUGUGCUCAUACGAGGUCGAGAAAUUUUACCCCCGCGGCCGCACUUUGACCUGGGCCGAUGGGGCCUUAUCAUCAACUAUAUAUCAGUCUUCUGGGCUGUUCUAAUGGUGUUCAUGUAUUUGUUUCCAUUGUACAUUCCGGUCGACGAGGACAACCUGGGCAACAUGAAUUGGGCCAUCAUCAUUGUUGGAGCGGAAGUCAUCUUUUCUGUGGGCUACUGGUUCUACGCAGCCCGAUACAAAUACAUGAAAGACACCAUUAGUCCGGUUGACGGUUCGGUUGCAGUCAUAGACGGCGAAACACCUUCUAUAGAGCCAACGGAGAUCAUCGUAUCCCCCAAGAGCGAUUAG